AUGAUUUUUUCAAUACUUUGUGCUUAUUUAUUAUUUACAACACAAAUUUUAUGUCGUGCCGAAAACGAGAUCAAGUCAGAGGAAGAUGUAGGUGUUAAAUAUGCAAACCGUUGUGAAGUUUGCAAGAUAUUGGCCACUGAGCUACAGGAGAGGCUUGAGCAGACCGGUAAGGUUCACGAUGUGAUAGAAAUUGGCUACUCGCUCGAUGACGUGCAACCUAAGAAGAAGACCAAGUAUCAGAAGUCUGAGCUGAGGUUGAUAGAAUCUCUGGAAGGCGUUUGUGAAAAGAUUCUGGAGUACAAUAUUCACAAAGAACGUCAGGACAGUACGAGGUUCGCUAAAGGCAUGAGUCAAACGUUUAAAACUCUGCAUGGUUUAGUUGACAAGGGUGUGAAGGUGGACCUUGGGAUUCCAUUAGAGUUGUGGGAUAAGCCGUCAGCUGAGAUAACCCACAUGAAAACACAAUGCGAGAGCCUUUUGGAGGAGAACGAAGGAGCUGUUGAGGACUGGUACUGGAACCAUCAAGGCGAGGUAGAUCUCAUCAAGCACUUGUGUACUUACAAUGCCUUGAAGGGGACAGAUGACUCUUGCUUGAAUGAACAACUGACUACUGCCAAGGGUGAGCGAGGUUCCUCAGACAAGUCAGAACUAUGA